AUGAAUUACAACCGAAUAUCCAUGGUUGAUAAUGAUGCCAUGGAUCCCAUGUUCAUAGAAGAACCAGAUUCCAUGAUCACGAGACCGACAAUGAAGGAACAAUUACACAAUAAGGUUAUACUGCCGAUGAAAUAUAAUGUCGUCGAUCCAUUUAAUGACAUUAUUUCGUUAAUGGAUAGGAAAUCUAAUAAUGUUUUCAAUUUCCAAUUAUGGAGACGGUUCAUUUAUUUUUUAUUAGUGGUGUUCGUUUUAAUAUUUAUCUCACAAUAUGAUAGAAUUCGUCAUUAUAAACCUAUUGAUCAUGAUUUAAUAAGAGAAGAAGUACGAGAUUGGAUUGAUUUAAAUAAAUUUGAAAAAAAUUGGGAAUAUUUAUCUAAUCUACCUCAUUGUUCAGGAACGAAAGGUGAUGAGACUGUUAGCCAAUAUGUGAUGGAUUCAUUUUUGAAGAGUGGUAUGAAAAAUGUCAAAUUAGAAGAAUAUAAAGGAUACUUGAAUUAUCCCUCUAAUGAAACUCAUUCAUUAAUUGUCUUUAAAAAUAAUGGCACAGAUGAAAUUCUUAAGUUCGAAUUAGGUGAGAAUAAUUUUAAUCCAUUAAGUUGGAAUGGUAAAGUGGAAAAUUCAUUCCUUAUUUAUGGUGGAGAUGGUACCAAAGAAUCUCUACAAAGAAUCUUAGAAAAUAAUAAUAAUGAUAUUCUGGAUCAUCGUGAUAAUUUUGUACUCUUACUACAUUAUGAUGGUUUAGUAAGUGAACAAUUGAUAUUAGCACAAAUGUUAGGAGCUAGAGGGGUUCUAUUUAUAUCUGACAAAUUUGACCAAAGAGAGGAUGUUAUACUAAUGAAAUCUGUUGCGAUUCCUCAAUUCUACACUGGAGAUUUGUUAAGUCCCGGUUGGGAAGGUAAUAGUGUUCGAACGAUAAGUUUAAAUGAAUCAGAUGCUAUCCCACAUAUACCGACUUUGCCCUUAUCAUAUAAUCAAGGACAACAACUACUGUCAUUAGUAAAAUCUGAAGGGAAAAAUGGUAUACGUGUAUCAUUUGAAGUUAAAACCAUCGUGGAAAGGCGUCAUCCUGUUUAUAAUGUGAUUGGGAAGAUUGAAGGCAGAGAACAACCAGAAAAGGCAAUAAUAUUAUCGUCAUCUAGGAACUCCAUUCAUCAUGGAGCUGUUUAUCCAAAUUUUGGUACAACAAUGUUAUUACAAUUUGUAGAAUUGUUUCAAAUUAUAAAGAAGAAAUACAAUUGGAAACCAUUAAGAUCUAUUUAUUUCGUGUCAUUUGGUGGGAAUGAAUAUAAUCAUAUUGGAUCUACUGAAUUUUACGAAAAAUAUUCUUUACCCUUACAACAAGAACUAUAUUCAAUUGUUGAUAUAACAGAAUUAGGUAUUAAUGUGAUGCAUUAUGCUAAUUCAAGUUUGAAAAUUGAAACACAUCCAUUAUUGAAAAAUUUAUUUGAAGAUACUACUAUGGAUCCUAAUAUGAACGUAUCUGUAAGUCAUGUUCAGCAUUAUGGUGAUUGGAUUCCAUUUUUAGCAAAUGGCAUUCCAGUGAGCGUGAUAUCUGAUCCUGAUUUAAAUCUUCAUAAAUACCCUAUACAUACCAAAGAAAGUACCUUUGCCAAUAUUGAAGAAACAUUAAAGGAUAAUAAUAGUACCGAAGCAAUUCAAAUAUUUGAGAUUACCAUUUAUAUUUUAGACAAGAUAUUAAGGUUAGUUGAUGUACCAAAUAUUCCAUAUGGUUUAACAGAUUAUGUUGAAGUUGUUGAUGAGUUAUUACACAGUUUAGAAAAGGAUCAUUCCAAGAAAUUAAACUUUGAUAAAAUGAUAAGAGCUUUACUACGAUGGAAAAAGAUAGGUACAGAAAGACAAAAAUGGCUUAACAAAUGGCAAUCGCAUAUUUCUUCUUCCAAAAGUAAGAAGAAAAAUCAUAAACAUAACGAUAUUGAGUCGGUGAGUGCGAGACGAGAGAGAUGCGAUUGGAACAAUCGAUUGACUGAUAUUGCAAAGAAGACUUGUUCAGAGUAUGGUCUCACAGGGAGACCAUUUUAUAAGGCAUUAUUAUUUGGACCAACAUUCUUACGCCAAAGAAGUGACCAGGAUUCAUGGAGUUUCCCCGCAGUUAAAGAUUCCAUUAUGAAUCUAGCUUGGACAAGCGCACAAAAAGAAUUAGAUGACGUUGCUAGAUUAUUACAAUUAUCAGCUAAACCAUUCUUAAGGAAUAAUGCUAACUAA